AACAAGACAGUGAAAUAAACUAUUUCAAAAGAAAAUAAAUAAAAAAAAAUAAAGGAAGGAAAAAUAAUAUAAAAAAUGGCUUCUAGGGAGAUUCAAGCUGCCUGGAUUUUUAUAUGCAUUGCUUUUGUUGUCGCAAGAGUGGAUUGUGCUGAAUUUAAUGUGAAAACAUAUGGAGUCAAAGGUGACGGUACAUCCGAUGAUAGUCAGGCAAUUCUUAAAGCAUGGGGAGAAGCAUGCAAGGCAACAACCCCGAGCAAGCUCAUAAUUCCUGCCGGAAAGUACAUGGUGGGUCCAAUGAAACUAUUGGGUCCAUGCAGCAAUACUGUAACUUUUGAAGGAGAUGGUGCAACUUUUAUCGCACCAACUGAUCUCUCACUUUUUAAAGGACAAGAUGGAUGGAUUCUUUUCUACGGCAUAGAAGGUCUCACCAUCACUGGAAUUACUCUUGAAGGCAAGGGAGAAAUCGGUUGGAAGACUAACAAUUGCAAAAAAAGUUUCAGUGGAAAUUGCAAAUUCCUCCCCAUUAACUUGAAUUUGGGAGGAUUGACAAAUGCAGUAGUGAAAGGAGUGACAUCGAUAGAUAGCAAGUUCUUCCACAUGAAUGUGAUCCAGGGAAAGAACGUGACCUUGAGCGACAUAACCAUCACAGCCCCAGGAGACAGUGAAAACACCGAUGGCAUCCAUAUUGGUCGUUCCACAGGAGUAUCCAUUCUCGGUGCAACCAUAAAGACUGGGGAUGAUUGCGUGUCUCUCGGGGAUGGAAGUAAGCAGGUUAACAUUGAAAAUGUGAAGUGCGGGCCGGGCCAUGGCAUUAGCAUUGGAAGCUUAGGAAAAUACAAAGACGAACAACCGGUUGAAGGAGUGACUGUGAAGCACUGCACCCUCACCGGCACCACAAACGGUGUGAGAAUAAAGACAUGGCCAGCAUCUCCAGAGGGUAUUGCCUCUAGCAUGCACUUCGAAGAUGUCACGAUGGAGAAUGUUAGCAACCCAAUAUUGAUCGAUCAAGAAUAUUGCCCAUGGAAUCAAUGCACGGNGGCUGUCAAACUUGCUUGUAGCAAAGGAGUCCCAUGCGAGAAAGUAGAGGUGGGCGAUAUCAAUUUAGAAUAUCACGGAACCAAUGGCACUGCCAUCUCUGAAUGCAGCAACAUCAAGCCUACGCUCUCUGGAAAACAAUCUCCUGCUGUUUGUGAUGGUGCUGGUGGUGGUGGUGCUGCUGCUCCUGCUAAAGCUGCUGCUGCUUAAGUUUUCAAACACUAUAAUCUUCUAGGUUAAAUAUAUAUUAUGAGUGCAUACUCUUAUAUAGGGUAAUGUUUAGUGUGGUCUUAAGCAUUUAGCUCAUGCAUGCACAAGCAUAGAGCCAACCACCAAUUUGUUUAUUACUCCGUAGUUAUUAUAUACCCCUUCUAUGCCGUCUUCAAUUUGUAUGCAUGGUUGCGUGGUGAAGGAAUACAAUAAAAAAUUGUUACCACAAUU